UUCGUGGACUGCGUGACCCUUGAAAAAGAAUUGCCAUCUUGUGAUGGUGAGGGAGUGUUUGUUUUGUGUGUCGUCAUAUUCGCUCUAGUCGUCAAGAACACGUGACGUAUCCACAGGGCGUGUUCCGGUAUAUAAGGCUCUCACACUUGGCUGACUUGCACAGAGACUCACCGUCACCAAGACAGAAAGGAUAUCAAUAUGAAAGUCACCGUGUGUCUCCUUGUCGUUCUUGCCCUUGUGGCUCUGACCUCGGCCGGCUACGGCAUUGGCUACGGUGGAUAUGGAGGUUAUGGCUUGGGCUACGGCGGCUAUGGCGGCUACGGUGGCUACGGACUUGGAUUUGGCAUAGGCCGCACCUACUACUUCGACAACCAGAGGGCGGCGCCUUACUUCGGAUAUGGUGGAUACGGGAUCGGAUAUGGGGGCUUUGGUGGCUACGGCGGCUACGGCGGCUACGGCGGCUACGGCGGCUACGGCGGAUAUGGUCUCGGCUUUAAGGGCUAGCAUCUACGGCUGAGGGAGUCUUCUGCAUAUUCUGAAGGACCGGGACCUACGGCGUGGUGGAAAACUUUUGACCAGCGAGCUGUGUGUUAUAUGUGACUAUUUUCAAUAAAUG